AUGGCAUCUACAGUACCUUCUCCGUUUCUCGAUCCUGGUCCCACAGCCUCUCCGGGCUCACUAGCCCUCCUCUCCCUCCGCCGCGACCUCCACACGCCAUUGAUCCUCCAAAGCGCGGACAGCGCCGACAGCGAGGAGCAGCAAGUCGUUAAUACCCGAUUCGGCACCUUCCCGCACAGUACGCUCGUCGGCCUGCCAUGGGGCACGCAAGUGCUCGCCUCGAAAGAGGACUCCGGCCGAAAUCGCAAGUCCGGCAAGAAGAGGAGGCGCGAAGAGAAUGACGCUGGCGCGAGAGACGGCGAAGAUGAACAGGAUGUAGGGGGGCCAGUGGCAGCAUCCAGCGGGUUUGCGCACCUGGUGCCGCCUACACCAGAGUCAUGGACCAUGUCGCUACCCCACCGGACGCAGGUCGUCUACACGCCAGACUACAGCUACAUCCUGCAGAGGCUGCGCGUCAGGCCCGGCGACAUCGUAAUCGAGGCCGGGGCAGGCAGCGGCUCCUUCACGCACGCCGCCGCAAGGGCAGUAUUCAGCGGCUAUCCCGACCCCUCACCCACCAGCACGUCAAACAGCGCGCCUCCAGCGCCGAAAAAGCGCAAACUCGGCAAAGUCUAUAGCUACGAAUACCACCUCCCGCGCGCCGAGAAGCUGCGCGAAGAGAUCGCAGCCCACGGCCUCGACCCCGUCGUCACAAUCACCCACCGCGACGUGUACCAGGACGGCUUCAGCCUCCGUGCGCGCAAAACUGCCGCCCAGAAGCAGCCCCCAGAACCCCUCGCCAACGCCGUUUUCCUCGAUCUCCCUGCCCCAUGGCUAGCGCUCAAGCACCUGACCCGCGAACGACUCUCUCCCCAGACGCUGAGCGCCAUCGACCCCAGCGCACCCUCGCCCUCACCUGUCCCCCCCGCCUCAUCCUCCCCCUUCCCCUUCCCCUUUCCCACCCCCCUCGACCCCGUAACCCCCUUCCGCCUCUGCACCUUUAGCCCCUGCAUCGAACAGGUGCAAAGGACAGCCUCCGUGCUCCGCCAGCUCGGCUGGGUCGAGAUCGACAUGGUCGAGGUGGCGCAUAAGCGGCUUGAGGUGCGGAGGGAGCGGAUCGGACUGGCUGAGGAUGAGCAAGGGAGGGGUGCGAAGGCUGGGCCGGCGAGUGUUGCCGAGGCGGUGGGGAGGCUGAGGGAGAUGGAGGGGAAAGGGAAGGUGUGGAGGGAGAUGAUGAGGGAGGAAGGCGGCGGAGGCGGCAGUGCGACUGGAAGUGAUGGUGUCUUAGCCGAAGGGGUUAAGAAGGAAGCGAAGGGGGGGAAGAAGGGGCAAGCGAAGCAAGGGAAACAGGAGAAACAGAAUGACGGCAAGGAAGAGAAGAAGCCAUGGAGGACGGGCCGGCUGGUGCAUAGGACGGAGCCGGAAAUCAAAACCCACACCAGUUAUCUCCUUUUUGCAGUCUUGCCCAGGCUGUGGACCAAUGAGGAUGAGGAGAGGUGUAGGAGGCGAUGGGGCAAGGUGGCUGUUGAGGAACCCACGGUUGACGAAGUGGAAGAAGGGCCGCCGAUCGUGGAUGAGGAAGCGGGCAAGAAGCGCAAAGCAGAAGGCGAUAUCGAUGGCAGCGCAAAGAGACAGAAAGCUGAUGGAGAGGAAUGA